AUUCCUGUAACAUACCUUCUAAGUUCAACAUGAUUGCACUAUAUAUACAACACCACUUUUGAGUCUAAUAUCAACAUCACACACUUAAAACUCCUUUAAAGAGAAAGAGAAAAACAUAAGAAAAUGAAACUCAUCAGCAUUUCAUUUUUGUUCAAGCUUUUGAUACUUCAAUAUCUUUCGAUUCAAUGCCUUUCUGAAGAAUUUGAUUUCUUCUAUUUUGUUCAGCAGUGGCCAGGAGCAUAUUGUGACACCAAACAAAGCUGCUGUUAUCCGAAAACCGGAAAACCGGCUGCAGAUUUCAGUAUUCAUGGACUAUGGCCUAACUACAAUGACGGAUCAUGGCCUUCAAACUGCGAUCCCGACAGUACUUUUGAUAAAUCUCAGAUAUCUGACCUGAUGAAGAACAUGGAGAAAAACUGGCCAUCUUUGAGCUGUCCAAGUAGCAAUGGUUUUAGAUUCUGGUCACAUGAAUGGGAGAAACAUGGUACAUGUGCAGAAUCUGAGCUUGAUCAACGUGAGUACUUUGAAACAGCUCUCAAAUUGAAGGAGAAAGUCAACCUUCUUCAGAUCCUCAAGAAUGCAGAGAUUGAACCAAAUGAUGAGUUUUACAGCAUAGAAAACAUUUCAGAGGCUAUAAAAGAGGCAACAGGGUUUACGCCAGGAUUAGAGUGUAAUAGAGAUUCAGCACGUAACAGUCAGAUUUAUCAAGUUUACAUGUGUGUGGACACUUCUGGAUCAAGUUUCAUUGAGUGCCCUUUGUUGCCAAGGAGUAGAUGUGGUGACCAAGUACAGUUUCCUAAGUUUUAAGAGAAUUUCUUUUGUUAAUCAAAACAUGGUUUAAUUUGUAUUUUGAUUUUUUUAAUCAUCAUUGUACUUUAAAUUCCAUCUCUUUCUCUAUUGUAAGUUUCCAUUCUUUGUAUUCCUUGAAAUUAAGAACUUUUUUUUAUA